CGAAAAAAAUAGGUCAGACACACAACUCGAAAAAGCACUCGUUGACGUUCGUUCUGGAAAGUCAAUAAAUGCUAUUAGUAAAUCAAGUGGUAUCCCUAAAUCAACGCUAAUAGCAAAAUUAAAAGGACAUCGACCAAUUGGAAAGAGAACAGGUCCUCCAACUGUACUAUCUGCUGAAGAAGAGGCAAUAAUAGUGCGUUGGAUGCUUUAUCUCAGUAAACGAGGCUUCCCAGUCACAAAAACACAACUGCUUUGUAAUGUUGCUUGUUUAAUCAAACAAUUGGGUCGAGAAACACCGUUUGCUAAUGGACAACCAGGACGUCACUGGUACGAAGCGUUUUUACGUCGGCAUCAAGAAAUUUCUAUUCGCAUAGCUCAAAACUUGCCUAAAAGUCGAGCGUCAGUAACAGAAGAUAUUCUGCGCGGUUGGUUCAAAGAAAUCGAACAGCAUUUAGUUAAGAACCAAUUAAUAGACAUCGAUGGAGCUCGGAUAUUUAAUUGCGACGAAUCUGCUUUCUAUCUUUGUCCGAAAGGGGAACGUGUGCUGGUCAGAAAAGGAGAUAAGGCAGUUUACAAUUUCACACAAAACGACGAGAAGGAAUGCUUGACAGUACUAUUUAUGACAAACGCUACGGGCGCAUUGGUUUCUCCAAUGAUAGUUUUUCCAUAUGAGAGAAUUCCUUAUAGUGUUUCGCAAAGUGUACCAAUUGAUUGGAGUAUUGGGAAGUCGGAAAACGGAUGGAUGACGGCCGAAACCUUCUAUGAAUACAUAAGUAACAUUUUUGAACCAUGGCUGACAGCACAUAACAUCGAGAGACCGGUUAUUCUGUAUGUCGAUGGGCACUUUUCUCACAUGACGUUACCGGUUUCUCAGUUUUGUAUGGAUCAUCAAAUAGAACUUAUUGCAUUGUUCCCAAACGCAACACACCUUAUUCAGCCGCUUGACGUUGCUCUGUUUCGGACGCUUAAAUCGAGCUGGAGAGACUGCAUAAAUGAUUGGCGAGUGCAAAAUGAAAGGAAUUUACGAAGAGAAGACUUUGGCCCACUCCUCAAAAUCGCUAUUGAACGCAUAGAACUUCCAAAGGUGAUGAGCAAUGGUUUCAGGAAGUGUGGCCUUUUCCCGUUUUCAGCCGAUGCACUUCAGUACAAUCAACUGUUGCAGAAAAAAAGAAUGACGCGAUAGUAACUUCGACAUCAGAACACAAUGCUGAAAAUCAUUUAUUAUUUAUUGAGAGUCACAUUGAUGAAAAUUUAUUGGGUAUAUUCAAAUACGCUAAUGAAAUUGGAAUCUAUAACGGCACAGAUGAAAACCUUGGCCUUUUCUAUUUUUGGCAAAAAAUUUUGAAAUUAACAAAAGGAGGUCAUUCUAGUAUUCUAAAUACUGAAGAUUUCAAUUCUACGGAUGAAAUUGGCAUUCUUAUCAUGGGUGACCCAAAUCAGAAUCUUGAUCUCAGCAUUAAUCAUCGAAACUUGUGCCUUACAAUCUAGUUUCAAUGUUGCAUCCUAUCAAAUAGAUAAUUCAGAGCAUCAAAGUCUGAAAGAAAAAGAAAAUAUUUUACCGCUAAAGAAUCCUGAAGAUAAUUCGACGGACGAAGUACUUUUUCAAGAACAUCCCAGGCUGACAGUUGAUUUGACUGACAAAGCAAAUGCGAGCCCGAACAAUCUUCCGCAGAUCGUAAUGCAAAAUGAAACCGUCACUGCAGGAUGUUCACAAUUCAACAUUAAUGAAGAUACGACAAUAAACAAAGCAAUUAAUGCUAAUGUUAAUACCACUGGAGAUAUCCAAUCAGUUUCAAUGUCUGCUGUUGUUCAUGACAAUGAUUUCUUAGACGUUCCUUCUGAUAUCCCAGAUGUUUUUAAAAAGGCUAUAUUUUGGCCCCGCAAAAACAAUUCAGCAACGAAAAAACGUGUUGUAAAAGUCAAAAUACCUUCAGUGGCCACUUCGUUGGCUUGGCAAGAAUAUCACCGAGAGAAAGAAAUGGAGAAAUGUCGACGUCAAAAUGCAAUCGAAGAGAGAAAAAGAAAACGGCAAGAAACAGCUGAGAAGAAAAGACAAGAAACAGAAGAGAAAAAAAGACAAAAAGUGUUGCAACAAGCUGAAAAAGCUGCCAAAAAAAAUAAUAGCUUAAACAGAAAAAAUAAACGUGGGAAAUAAUGUGUGUGACGGCCGCCUGCGUAAAACAACACCUCCACAAUGUGCAUUAUAUUUAAUAUUAAUA